AUGGCUUCUCAACCUAUCUCCAGCAUUGCGAUGGCUCUUGCUGGCAAGACUGCUUCUGUUGAUAUCCCUCAGCCCCGUGCGGGUCUGGCACCAAACGCCUCUUCGCGUCUUGGACAGCCCGCUAUGCUUCCGACGCCACCCAACUCCAUUUCUCCCAAUCUUCCCCCGCACGCCUUCAAACACCGCCCAGUACUGUCGCCUGGUUCACCAUUGUCAACAGUGCCCCAGCUGGACUCCGACAUCGACCUGCAGGACACCGCCGAUCACCACAACAACCAGAAUCGUUCGUUGCCCUUGCAUGAACUCGACAGUGUUGGCACCAUCACACCCACUAUGCUAGCCACAUAUCAUCUGCCAGACAUCCUUCUCCAGCAAGGUCCUCUGGCCAUCCGUCACGUUAUGGGCUUCCUCACAACCUCGGUACCUGGAUUCUCGCGCAUCCCUCCUGCGAAGGCGCGUCGUCUCGUGGUGGCUGCACUGGAGAGUCGUGGACUUGAAGCAAGUGGUGCGGAGAGUGAUGUGAUCUUUGAAAAGGUUGGUUGGGGUCGUUGGGAUGCGCGACGACGCGACGAGGCCUCGCGCUCGCAAGCCUUCAACGCGUCAUCCCCUCCAUCCAGUGUCGCUGGUUCAUUCCAGCAGCGUGGUCUGCAGAUCGAAGGCCGAACAGCCUAUGAUCGCCGUGAUUCGUACGCCUACGGUGUUAGCAUGGACCGAAAAGAUUCUACAGCUUUCUCCUUCACUGAGGACUAUGGUGCGCGGGGCGAGUAUGAGGAUUUGGACAUGCUCGAGCAUGAGGCCGAUAAGAUGUCUCUUGACGGCGACGAGCGCGAGUAUUGUUCUUCUUCCGAGGCGCCGGACGACCUGCAGGACGGGGAGUUUAACGAGGGAGACGUCACGGAUGAAGAGGACUGGGCACAGAUCGGGGCUGACGCCCUGCGUGCACGUUCGUUGAACACUGCUGGCUUUGUUCAUGGUAACAUGGCAGGACGGGCAAAAGCUCUGCAUUCGGGAAUUUUUGGAUCCCUUGGCGGACCCGCUCCCUUUACUGUGGCUAAAUCGACGCCACGCACCUUUGAUAACCAGGAACGCGCUGCAGUAGAGGCGCUUCUUAGGUUGGGCUCUAUGUAA